GGUUUGAGGAGAAAAAUCGGUUGCAAUGCAACCAACGAACCAAGCAAGCCUUCUCCUUCCAGCAUCUUCGUCUUCCUCGCGUCUCCCCUGCCGCGGUUCGCUCUGCCCUGCCCUGCCUCUAUAUAAAUAAAUAACAGCACGGGCGGGCCCCGCGGCUGCCAUUAGCCCCUUCUUCUUCUUCCUCGCCGCAUCUGCUGCUGCAAUUCCUUUCCCCACCCACCAACUCCCCUCCCCCAUCUGUAAGUGGCCGCGCAGGAGGAGGAGGGGGAGGAGGAGGAGACGAGGAGCUCGUCGUGGUCAAGCCGAAAGGCGUUUGCUUCCCUUCCCUGCCCUGCAAGUGGCCGCCAGGGAAUAAUCAACCGAUACGCAGUUGGGGAGCUCCAUCAAAUUCAAAUUCAUCCUCCGCACGCCCGGCCAAUAGGAUCGGACGAGGGACCGGAAAGCAGAUUGGAUUGGAUUCCCUCAGGAACCAAAGCAAUGGAUGUCAACGCCGCCUCCGCUUCUUCCUCCUCCUCAUCGUCGUGCGCCACACAGGAGACGGAGGACCGGCGCCUCGGCCUGCACCUGCCAUUCGACGACGGCCACGAGAGGGCGCCGCUCCUGCUGCCGCCCACCAAGACCAUGGACGCUGCCGACGAGAAGGGCGAGAGGCCCGACCUCUCCGAGGAUACGGCCCACCAGAUUAGCGUUGAUCCAUGGUAUCAGGUUGGCUUCGUCCUCAUAACGGGGGUCAACAGCGCGUAUGUGCUAGGAUACUCUGGGUCAAUCAUGGUCCCUUUAGGCUGGAUUGGAGGGACAUGUGGCCUCCUCCUAGCUGCUGCCAUAUCCAUGUAUGCUAAUGCUCUUCUUGCACGGCUCCAUGAAGUUGGUGGCAAACGCCAUAUCAGAUACAGAGAUCUUGCUGGGCACAUAUAUGGAAGAAAAAUAUAUGCGCUUACAUGGGCUCUGCAAUACGUCAAUCUUUUCAUGAUCAACACUGGCUUUAUCAUCUUAGCUGGACAAGCUCUGAAGGCAACAUAUGCACUCUUUAGUGACGAUGGAGCUCUAAAACUUCCUUACUGCAUCGCGAUAUCAGGAUUCACCUGUGCUCUUUUUGCCUUUGGAAUUCCUUAUUUAUCCGCCCUCAGGAUUUGGUUGGGAUUCUCCACACUUUUCAGCCUCAUCUAUAUUGUCAUAACAUUUGUGCUGUCAUUGAGAGAUGGAAUAACUGCGCCUGCAAGGGAUUACAGUAUUCCCGGGUCACAUGGAACUCGAAUCUUCACUACGAUAGGUGCUGUAGCAGACCUUGUGUUUGCUUACAACACCGGAAUGCUGCCAGAAAUUCAAGCAACCAUAAGGCCUCCUGUGGUCAAGAACAUGGAGAAAGCUCUAUGGUUCCAGUUCACUGUUGGCUCGUUGCCUCUCUAUGCAGUAACCUUUAUGGGUUACUGGGCUUAUGGUUCCGCGACAUCAAGUUAUCUACUGAACAAUGUUAAGGGCCCAGUUUGGAUAAAAGCCACUGCAAAUAUGUCAGCCUUUCUUCAGACUGUCAUAGCGUUACAUAUAUUUGCGAGCCCAAUGUAUGAGUUUCUGGAUACAAAAUACGGAAGUGGGCAUGGCGGGCCUUUUGCAUUCCACAACGUAGUGUUCAGAGUACUUGUGAGAGGAGGCUACCUGACGGUGAACACGCUGGUGGCAGCAGUGCUCCCGUUCCUUGGUGACUUCAUGAGCCUGACAGGCGCCCUCAGCACCUUCCCCCUGACGUUCGUUCUUGCAAAUCACAUGUAUCUGAUGGUGAAGAGGCAUAAGCUAUCUGCCAUCCAGAAAUCCUGGCACUGGCUGAAUGUAAUUGGGUUCACCGGAUUGGCUGUUGCAGCCGCAGUCGCGGCAAUAAGGCUUAUCAUGCUUGAUUCCAGCACAUACCACUUCUUCGCUGAUCUUUGAGGCCAGGUUUAAUUUCUCGUCCGGUGGCGAUUUGGAACAUUGCCUUGAUAGAUGAGUUGAAAGAUUCAAUUUUUAUUUCUUUUUGGGUGGGCUGGGCAAAGCAUGGUAAUAGAAGCAGUGAACUCAAGCAAUAAAACGGAGACCAAAUGUGCUUGCAUAUUUGGUCCUUCAGAUUGGGUAUGAGGCUAUUUCAGAGAAUGUUUUGGUGUGGAUUGCGCAGCAUGGGGAAGUGGAACUAUAAUGAUCUGCAGUGCAUCCUGACGAACAUGAAUACUGGAAUAAUGUAUAUUAGUUUGUAGAUGUAAAAUUUUAACUUCAGGCCUACUAGUUUGAAUGAAGGAUUAUCAAUCAAUAUUAUAAAGGAUUGAUUAUAAAGAAUGAGUUCUCAGAUUCA